AUCCAUUGAUUCAUCCAUGAAAGCAUCCCAUGAUACAUCAUGGGUGGACCCGACAUACAACGUGUUGUAGAACAGGAGCAAACAGAUCAAAUGUGAGAUAGAUUUUUCGAGAGUAAGCGAAUGUGAUUACAUGUCAUCGAAGUUGUAUUAAUGAUAAUAAAAUAUGCAGCAAUUUAUGUUGUUGGGAAAUUAAAGAAGAAUUUUUCCUUAUAUUGUUUAAAUUUGUAAAAGUGUUACAAUAAUAUGAGUUAUCAAAGAGGAAAUGCUAGCCGUUCGAGGCCUCAAAGAUAUCAAAAUCAAACAUCUUUUAAAAAUAAUUUGUAUGACAACUCUAAAAAAAUAAAGUUAAUGAAUAGCACUGAGGUUACUAAUGUAUGCGAACGCUGUAAAAAAAUAAUAGAGUGGAAGAUCAAAUAUAAAAAAUAUAAAGUUAUUAAAGCCCCAAUGAAAUGUACUAAGUGUGAUAAAAAAACUGUGAAACAUUCUUAUCAUAAUAUUUGCUUGCUUUGCACCAAACAACAAGGAGUUUGUUCAAAAUGUGGACAGAAGAAAGAAAUUGUAGAAGAAAAAUCCAAUAAGGAAGAAAUUGAAUUGGAUGCUGAAUUUAAAGCAAUUCUGAAAACAAUGUCAGAACGAAAACGAAGAGCAUUUUUACGUUAUAUGAAUCAACAAUCGACAAGAAAUAAGGAAAAUAAUAGCAAACUUUAUACUCCUGAAUUAGAUACUGAUAUAGAUAAAAUUGACAGUAAAAUUAGAAACGAAGAUGAAACAAGUGAUGAAACGAAAAGAGAAGAUUUAUUAAUGAAACUAAAAUCAUUAGCUAUUAUGGAAGACGAUAACAUUGACAAUGAUAUUGAAAGAGAAAAUGAUAAUUUUGACAGUGAUAUUGAUGACUUAUUAUGUGAUAAAAAAUGUUCUAAAUAAAAAGAGCUUUUACUAAAA